AUGUCGACCAAUCUGACUUCGGACCCGCUCAUUAGCUGCUACGACUUGGUUGCAGUGACUGAAGAGGACACCAAUGUGACAAUCGGACUUCAGCUGGCCGAUAAACCGUUCAAGUUUCAUAGACUGGCCGAGUUAUCGGGUCAUCGUCUGAUCUGUGACCGCGAUCUGUGGGGGCCGCUGCGACGGCGCCAAACUGACCAAUUCACGCAUCUUUCGGUGGGCUCCAAAACGCCCUCCCCCGUCUACAUGAUUACGAUAUGCGGCUUCAAAUGGACCGAGGCGCCCGAACGGAUCCCCGCCUGCCUUGAAAGCAGCUGGCUCUUGUGGACGUCGCAGUGUUGGGCGGCUGGCUUGACUGCUGGCAAGGACGCGGAAGGCGGGGAGCGGCACCCGAUACCAAUCGGCGGCCCGACGGUCUCCUGCUGCUCGAUCUCGCUCCCCGCCUUUCGGAGCGUGCCGGGCAACGAGGUCUCCAGCGACUUGGAAAAAUUCCUCUGGAUCCUGGCCAACACCGGCCCGAAGGCCGCUUUGCAACCGCUGCCCGACUGGAUCCAAACUGACUCGACGGCCAAGCAGUGCGUCGAUCUCCUCCUGGACGAGAACAUCGCUGUCGUGGACGAAAAAGUCGGCCUUCACAAACCUUUAUCUCCACAUGCAUAG